AUGAACCAAUAUCCGUCAACAUCAACAGGUCGUUCGUCUUUCGAUUCCACCUACCAAUCACCGAAUGACUUCACAUCUCCUGUCUUCUUCGCAAGCUCACAUACCAGUCUUGAUGGCCGAGAGACUACCUUCGAUCACCUCCAAACAGAAUUGCGAGAUCCGUGGUCUUACACAUCUAAACACCAUCGAUCGAAUCCCAUCAGUCCUCUUAUGUCGCCCGGGGCAGACCAGCUGGACCACGAUUUUAUGUUUACAGAUGAGAGAUGGAAUAGUCAGUCAUCGUCGCUUGAUGCACGGAAGAGUGUUUCUGCUGAGCCGUGGAAGUUGGAGAAUUGGCAAAUUGCACGAACAGAGGAUACGGUGAACCAAUGUAAUGCUGCAAUGAUCACCUCUCGCCAGAACACGUAUGAUUUUCUGGAAGAUUUAGUUAGCGAGCAAGAACUCGUAGGACUACCCGGGUUUGGAUAUGGAAUGACGAGCGGACUAUCAAGUUCGUCCGAGGAAGAUAUGAUACGACCAGCAGCUAGGAGUGAACAAACAGUUGGUCGGCAUCACUCGCUACCUGGAUAUAUAUCACCGCAGUCUGAUCAGAAUACUGUUCCACCAAGGAAAGUCGCUUUCUCCGUUUCCUACGAGUGCUCAGAAGAGCAUUCAUCAUUCACAGAGUGGGAAAAUCCGUUUCUUGUGGAAGGUAACUUUCAGGAGGGACUCAAAGAGAUUACAACAUCCUCCGUAGGUCCUCAACAUGACCACGACUCCCUCACCCCUCUCGAGGACGCCUGCACAUCCUGGAACCUCUCCCCCCUCACCACCUCCAACCCUCCAACCCCCCUUCACCUCACCAACACCCUUCCCGAAUCCCACACCCCUCCCAAAACCAAACGCCGUCCCCCCCCCCAAACUCGCAUCAUAGCCACCUCCCCACCCAUAACCUGCAAAAACUGUCUUACGCACAACACACCUCUAUGGCGCCGCGGCGCCGACGGCGUGCCCAUGUGUAAUGCAUGCGGACUGUUUCUGCGGCUGCAUGGCACGAAUCGACCGUUGAGUUUGAAGACUGAUGUGAUUAAGAAGAGGAAUCGGGGGGGAUGUGGGGAGAGAGGAUCGGAAGAGGGAGAGAAGGGGAAUAAGGGGGGAAUGGGGAAGAGGAAGAGGAAACGGUCGGAAGGCGUGGGAGAGGGUAUUGAGGGGGUUUUGAGAUAA